AUGAAUAUGCCAACGACAGGAAUCUCAAAGUUUUUGGAUAAAUUAAUACGACCGAUAUUUGAUAAACAUGCGCGUUCAACCACAUUUAUUGAUGGAGUUGAUUCGAUUCAUCGUUUAGAAGCAUACACAACAAAUGGGUAUCUCAAACCUAAAACUUAUUUGUGCACGUUUGAUAUUACAGAUUUAUAUACGAUGUUACCACAAGAAGAAUCACUUGAUAUUCUAAUUGAAUUUCUCCUUCAAUUAGAAUAUCAAAAGCUCCAAAAUAUUCCAUUUGAUAUAAUUCGAAAGUUAGCUCUUAUCGUCAUUAAAGAAAACGUUUUCGUUUAUGAGAAGAAAUUCUAUCGACAAGUCAUUGGUGGUGCGAUGGGCUGA